AUGGCGAAAGAAAUCCAGCUCAGGCCCAAGGUUAAUGUCUCUUCUUACAUCCACUUUUUACUGAAUUACAGAAACAAGUUUAAGGAGCAACAGCCAAAUACCUUUCUUGGCUUUAAAGAGUUCUCUAGAAAGUGCUCGGAAAAAUGGAGGUCCAUCUCAAAGCAUGAGAAGUCCAAAUAUGAAGCUCUGGCCAAGCUCGACAAAGCCCGGUACCAGGAGGAGAUGAUGAAUUACGUGGGCAAGAAGAAAAAGCGGAGAAAGCGGGACCCAAAAGCACCCAGGCGGCCUCCAUCAUCCUUCCUACUCUUCUGCCAGGACCACUAUGCCCAGCUGAAGAGAGAGAAUCCGACCUGGUCGGUGGUGCAGGUGGCAAAGGCCUCGGGGAAGAUGUGGUCUGCACAGGCGGACAUGGAGAAGCAGACGUAUGAGGAAAGAGCAGCUCUCCUGAGAGCGAAGUACUACGAGGAAUUGAAAGUCUACCGCAAAGAGCGCGAAGAACGCAUCGCCAGGAAGAAGAGUCUCCGAGGGCCGGCGAGGAAGACCCGGUGCAGGGAGUGCGGGCAAGACGAGGCAGCUGAAGCUGGGGGAUCCAGUUAG